CGUAAUAAUAUGUUCUUCCGACAGUGACGCUUCUACUGCUACUACUCUUCCAGCUCUUCUUCUCUGUAAACUCUCUCAAGAAAGCUUGCUCUGUUUUCCUUCGUCGAUUUUUUUAUAAUUUCGAUAGCUUUUCCGAGCAGCAAUUUCGAAACAAACCUAGAUAUUUCCGCUAACGUGCGCAUUUCCGUUUUCAUCAUUUUCACUCGCUCCUACCCGAAACAGGAGCGCAUUUUAGCUCCCUCGUCAAACCCUAACUUUCUUUCCUUUUUCUUUUCCUGUUCAGCUUUUGUUUAAGCUCUUGACUGGCGGUUUUUUUCUGUAGUGGAGCUUGCCUCAGAAUUUGGUCUACCCGUUCCGUUUUCCGGUGUCAGAAAACCCUAGAGAUAUUUAAAGUAUUCCACUUUGUUGGUUGUUUGUUGAAUUUUGAAGGUGUCUUGUCGUAUGAGGUCUUUAAUGGCGUUUUGUUGAUGCAGAGCAUCAGAUCUGACGAAGCCGUUGGUGUCUCAACCGACCGAGGCAUUAAUGUGGCUUGCUCUCUUGGCCUUUUUGACUUAAAACUAUCAUGUUUCUCUCUCCUUCAAUUUUUGCUGCUUCUCUAUACUCUACUUUCCACCCUUGAACACCGUUUUCUUCUCUUCCUUUAUUUCUAUAUCUCCGGGUGAGGUGGUGGUGGAGAAAAUAGGGUUUCACCUUUUCUAGCUUCUUUUCUGGCUUUCUAUCUUGCCUGUGGAAAGGUAUUUGAAGCUUGAAUCUCAAGAAAGAGGAAGCUGAGCUUGAAUUCGUACGAAUGCAGGUGCUUGGAAGCCCUACCAGUGUCCGUAUAGACAUUAGCUGUGGUUCUUUACUCAGAGAACUUCAGCACAUAUGGGAUGAAAUUGGUGAGAGUGAAGCUGACAAAGAACGAAUGUUGUUGGAGAUUGAGAGGGAGUGCUUACAAGUGUACCGGAGGAAGGUUGACGAGGCAAGUAACACCAAGGCGCGCCUUCAUCAGUCUGUUGCUGCCAAGGAAGCUGAACUUGCCACGCUUAUGGCUGCACUUGGGGAGCUUAAUCUUCAUUCUCAAAUACAGAUAGAUAAGAAGUCGUCAUCUUUGAAAGAGCAACUUGCAUCAAUUACACCAUUGGUAGAAGAUCUAAGAAUGAAGAAAGAGGAACGCAUGAAACAAUUUGCAGAUAUAAAAGCACAGAUUGAGAAGAUCACUGGAGAGAUUUCAGGGUACACUCAUCUAAAUGGUGUUGUUACCAGAACCUUAAAUGCAGAAGAACAAGACUUAUCACUAAGAAAACUUACAGAAUAUCAGACACAUCUCCACAACCUGCAAAAAGAGAAGUCUGGCCGCCUUCAUAAAGUUCUGGAAUAUGUAAAUGAGGUUCAUUCUUUAUGUGGUGUGCUUGGAGUGGAUUUUGAGAAGACAGUGAGUGAAGUACAUCCAAGCUUGCAUGAUACAGGUUAUGAACAAUCCACCAACAUCAGCAACAGUACAUUGGAAGGUCUAGAUAAGGCCAUACUUAAGUUAAAAGCAGAAAGAAAAUCUCGCAUCCAAAAGUUGAAAGAUAUUGUGGCAUCGCUGUUUGAGCUAUGGAAUUUGAUGGACUCACCUCAAGAAGAGAGGAAUCUGUUUAGAAAAGUUACUUUCAUCCUUGAAUCACCAGAACCAGAGAUAGCGGAAUCGGGUUUGCUCUCACUAGAGAUUAUUGAUAAGGCAGCAUCAGAGGUUGAGAGACUGACUAAGCUGAAAGCCAGCAGAAUGAAAGAACUAGUCAUGAAAAAAAGGUCAGAGUUGGAGGAAAUAUGCAGAAAAGCACAUAUUGAGCCUGACACGAGCACGGCAGCAGAAAAAGCUAAUGCAUUGAUUGACUCUGGUCUUGUGGAUCCUUCUGAACUUCUGGCGAACAUUGAAGUUCAGAUAACAAAGGCAAAAGAUGAGGCUAUGAGCCGGAAAGAAAUUAUGGAUAGAAUAGACAGAUGGCUAGCUGCCUGUGAAGAGGAAAAUUGGCUUGAAGAUUAUAAUCAAGAUGAGAACCGUUAUACUGCUGGCAGAGGUGUCCACAUAAACCUAAAACGUGCGGAAAAAGCUAGAGUGUCUGUAACCAAGAUUCCAGCUAUGGUUGAAAAUUUGAUAAAUAGAACAUUGGCAUGGGAAGACAGCAAAAAGAUGCUAUUUCUUUAUGAUGGGGUUCGGUUAAUAUCAAUUUUGGAAGACUAUAAAUUAACCAGGCGACUAAAAGAAGAAGAAAAGAAGCGAUACAGGGAUCAGAAGAAGUUGCAAGAUCUUCUACUUACUGAGAAAGAAGCCAUGUAUGGCUCUAAACCAAGCCCAAAAAGAAGCAACAGCUUUAAGAAGCCAAAUGGGUAUCGGGCAAAUGGGAAUGGAUCAAUGACACCCACACCUCGGCGACUCUCACUUGGGAGUGCAACUCCUGAGCUGCUUACACCUCGGUCCUACUCAGGGCGUCAAAAUGGAUAUUUCAAAGAAACAAGAAGACUGUCAACUGCACCACUGAAUUUUGUAGCCAUAUCUAAAGAGGAUACAAUGUCAUACGCAUCUGUUUGUGGUUCUGAUCUGGGGUCUCCUCAUGGUUAAACCUUGAACCUAAAUUGGAAUGAGCUACUCUAUACAGGUUGUUCUGCACUGGAUUGAAGCAGCGGAAUCCUUGUGAAUAAAAAGGAUUGUUGUACAUUAGUUUGAUUGUGAUUUGUCAGAUGUACCAGGUUGCCGGUAGUUGACAUUCAAGGACCCAAACGUGGGGGUGUUACCAGCUUUGAUGAGCAAAACACAAUAGCUUGUAGUUUGGAAUUGCUGGUUGACUCUGAAGUCUGUUAUAGUACUAACAUUUGUAUCCUGUGGGUUUUGUUUGUUUUUCACUUUGUACAUGUAUAUAUAUAUAUGUAUUCGACUCUAGGUGACCAUUGAAGUAGGGCAUUUGUAAUACAACCUCCCAUAGAGGGAUAUCUGCCAAAUGGAAUUUGUACUAUUUCGUCAUUGCUUCUGGGUCUCCAUACAACUGCCAUGUAUAUGCUCCCAUGCAGCUGGGUUUCUGGAGUUGUAGGAGCUUGGGCAUCUGCAAGAUCUUGGUUGGAUCAUCUGCUUAUUGACCCUGUAAAAGGAACAUCAAUGGGAUUCCUUCCGGCUGACAUCGGAGUCUCACCCCAAUCGCCAUUACAUGUGUAGGCAGGAUUACAUGCUACUCACUCAUGACAGUCAUAGAUAAGCAAAUCAUCCAGCUGACAUGUCUUGAAUUCUUCACUCUUCAGUAUCUCUGAGAGAUGUCAAGCACAUGAAUCUUAAGCUGGUUCAUGAGGUACAAGAUCCAUGGUCAUCAAAACAUGUGAUGACUAUCUUUCUGGCCCGUCAGCCAUUUUUGUGUUGUUUACGGGAUCUCGAUGGUUUCUGCUGGUGAUUCCUGUAGGCUGUGUAGCGUACUAAAUCGGCCUCUUUGCUUUACUUUUCAUGAGUUGGACCUGUGGGUAUUUUUCAUUCUAACCAUGUUAAAAGUAAGGGAGUGUUGCAACCGUUUCGCAGCAGAUUGAACUCAUUUUGGUUUAGGUUGGUCAUUGCUUGUGUGGGCUAGAUCAAAUCGUUGUGAUUUUUCCUUGGA